UGCAUUUCCUACCGCACUUUGCACGCCUGGCCUGUGGACUAGGGGUACCUAUCUUAUUACGGGAGUACCUCAGAUCCCUACACAGAGCCACAGAGCCCAGAGGUUCCUUUCCUUUCCCAAGUUUCCCACCCCUCGUCCCCUCGUCCCCUCGCCCUCUCCCAAAUCCUCGUCUUCGCCCAUCCCGACGCGGGUCCACGGUGAAUCACUCUGCUGGAUCGUGUGUGGGUUUCUGCUCUCUAUACGGAGUACUGCUGUGAGGUAACCGUACUGCGCAAGGUACCGUACCUUACUGGUGCCUGUCUACCUUACACGGUACCGUACCGAAAGGAGUACAUACCUUUACACUCUCACUUUCUCUCACACACUCUCUUUCCUCCCCCGUCCCGUCCAUCCACUCGACCCUCGUCACCCAUUCAUUCUUGCUCUCCCUUUCCACUUCCGCUCGGCUUCUGGCUCCCCUCCUCUCCCAAAGCUCCCUGACCCCUUCCUCUCUCAUCUGUUUCUUCGUCCCUCUUUUUUUUAACAACCCAUAUGCGUCGCAGUUCUCGUCCAGCUUUUGCUAUCCAACAGGCAGAGCAUCCAUCAACUGCCGUCCGGUCCGCGAAUGCUGCAUUGCAUUUACAAGCAACCUGCUAUUACUUGAACUGCAUCCAAGCACUCACACCACACGCAUUGCGCAGACGGGACAGCAAAGACUAAGGUCGACAUCCAACAACACCACCACCACGGCCACCCAAACACCUCGUGCGUCGAUGCUCAUCUCUCCCCUCGUCACCAGCUUCAUAAUUCAACGCGGUUUCCAAAAGAGACCAAACCAACAAAACCUGGUCGCCCAACCCCCCUUCCACCUUCCAAGGGUCGCUUCCUCAUCAUCGCAAUCUCGACCCACGCACCCGAGAACAUCGUCUCCUCUGGAUAUCCACGUCUGAGGAUCCAUCCCCGAUCGACUGGUUCUAGCUCCAUUCCCACCCCCUGGACCCUUCCCUGGCCCUUUUAAUAAUAUCGACCACCUCCUGGCUUCGCCCGUCCCUCGCCGUCUCCUCUUCUUCAUCUGGUUUCGCUCUCUUGGUCCAUCCCAGCUCAGUCAUUCUCGCUUUUUUUCUAUUUCCAACAUCAACCUGUUCCCCGACCCAUUACUCGCGACAACAUCCGCACAAAGCAUUUCCUUACUACAACUUUCAACACUUCUUCAACCACACACACACACUACCACCACCACCAUUACCAACCCUGACUACUACUACUACUAUCAUCACCACAUCACCACCAACAAACACUACCAUACUGGAAAAGCUACCGGUCUGAAUGCCACAGGUUUCGCAAGCGGCUCUUACACAGAGCUCCUCCUAGUAAGGCACAGCAUUGGUACGGUCCAGGCUAAUACGCCUGAGAAAGCGGCCUUGGCCAGCUGACCCGCCCCAGAAACACCGUCGUCACGAGGAUCUUGACUGGAAUCAACGAUCACAUCCACACAACAAAACUCUCACAAAAUGACGGUCGCACACGAACUGGCCCACAGAGGCUCAUCAUCACACUCUGCCAACAACAUGGCUCUCGAAGACCGAUUCGAGGUCCUCAAGGAAAUCGGUGAUGGUAGCUUCGGCAGUGUCGUUCUCGCCCGAGUCCGUAGCGCAGGUGCUAGCGUGGCUCGUCGCGGUACGGUGGUUGCCAUCAAGACCAUGAAAAAGACAUUUGAGUCAUUUACGCCAUGCUUGGAGCUUCGUGAGGUCGUCUUCUUGAAGACGUUGCCCAACCAUGCCCACCUCGUCCCCGCCCUGGACAUCUUCCUCGACCCGUACACUAAGAAGCUGCACAUCGCCAUGGAGUACAUGGAGGGUAACCUGUAUCAAUUGAUGAAGGCUCGGGAUCACAAAUGCCUCGACAACGCCAGCGUCAAGAGCAUUCUUUUCCAGAUCAUGCAGGGCCUCGAGCACAUUCACGCACAUCACUUCUUCCACCGCGACAUCAAGCCCGAGAACAUUCUUGUCUCCACCUCAUCCCACCAAGAUACCGUCACUUCCUUCCGCAGAUAUUCGGCUCUCGUCACUCCCCCGUCUACGCCUCCCAAUUACACCGUCAAGAUUGCCGACUUUGGACUUGCACGCGAAACCCACUCAAAGCUUCCCUACACGACCUACGUUUCAACGAGAUGGUACCGAGCACCCGAAGUUCUCUUGCGUGCUGGCGAAUACUCCGCUCCCGUCGAUAUCUGGGCUGUCGGCGCCAUGGCAGUUGAAAUUGCAACACUCAAGCCACUCUUCCCCGGCGGAAACGAGGUUGACCAAGUUUGGAGGGUAUGUGAGAUCAUGGGAAGCCCCGGAAACUGGUACAACAAGUCUGGUGCCCGUGUCGGUGGCGGCGAAUGGAAGGAUGGCACCAGGUUGGCCGGCAAGCUGGGCUUCUCAUUCCCCAAGAUGGCUCCUCAUGCCAUGGAUACGAUUUUGCAGCAACCUCAGUGGCCCGCUUCGCUGAGCCACUUCGUUACGUGGUGCCUGAUGUGGGACCCCAAGACCCGCCCGACCUCAACACAGGCAAUUGCUCACGAGUACUUCGUCGAUGCCGUUGAUCCUCUGAGGCCGAAGUCCUCUGCAUCGAGAAUCUUGGGCCGCAAGCAGUCCGAUCUUGGCCGCGGCAACAAUUCUAACUCAUCUACCCCUACCUCCACCAAGCCGUCCUGGUUCAGGAAGUCCCUUAUUGGCCGCUCCGAAAGCGCCGAAGUUGCCGUUCCUCAAUCAAUUUCCAAGGAAUCAACCCCGAGACCAUCCCCCGUUCCCUCGCAGACGACGAACGAAGUCCCCGUUGCAAAGACGCGCCCUGCUCAGUCAAAGCGCACGACAUGGACGAACGGCCCAUCCAACGUCGCACCUAUGCCGAUACUUCCCUCGAUCCGCCCCAUUUCGCCCAUUUCCGAUGCGGUGACUGCCGAGGCGAGAAACGGUGUGACCUACAACGAUUCGUAUGCCAACGGUCGCCAGCGCACGGUUCAGAUUGAUGAGAAGAAGAAGAUUGGCAGACAAUUGUCGGUCGCCUCAAGCACUAACAACUAUGCCGAGAUUCACCGCCAGCAGGCCGAGCGAGCCCUCAACGGCAACAGUGGCCUUGCGUCGCCGCCCGGUGGUCACAAGGAAAGCUUCUUCUCGCACCUCCGUAAGCGUGCCCGUCGUUUCUCUGGCAGGCAUCAGGCCCCCAUGUCACCCAACUCGGACGAUGUCGAGGCUCAGGCCGGCUGCGGCCCCUGGAACAGCAACCGGUCCUCGAUGGUGAUCGAUAACAACGCGCCUACUCCCCCGCCGAAGCCUACGGAACUCUACGAGCCUCUUGAUAAGGCGUUGAGAGACGUCCAGCAAAAUCACGACAACGCUCCCGUCCCACCGGCACACCUCAUUACCCCCAGCAGCACUCUGAAGAGACAUCACUCUCUGCCGCAGCACCACCCGCGCUCUGUCGACAACCUGAUGGGAGCUGCCAAGGGAACCGGACCGAUUUCGAGCCGAACCCGUCGUGCCCACGCCCACGGUGUCCAGCACUACGACGCGCCCGAUGAAGAGGACGAGCUACUCGAUGAGGUUUUGAACUCGACCCACCGAGCCAUGAAGCGCCUUGAAAAGGACGGAAAGCCUGGACUGCGGCAGUCUGCCAGCAACAUUGGCAUUUCGAACCCGUACCCGACUCCCUCUCCUUCGGCCAAUGGCAACAACUCCGUGUUGUUCGGCGACAACCACGAAGCCGUCGCACCCAAGCCUUUGGAUCUCAAGAAGUCGCAUGGCGCUGAAAGUCAAUACAAAUGGCCUACUCCCCCGUACGAGGAGAGUGAAUGGGCUGCAUCGGCGUCAGCCAGCAUUUGGGCGGCUAGCAAUCGGUUUUGAGGCGGGGGGGCUGCCUCUGAAAGAGAUCUUCUCACAGAGCUGAGCAGAUACCAUCGCAAAAGUUCUUUGUGUAAUCACUUGCAUGGGAUGGGUGUUUGGCGUUUGCCGGUGUACCGUUCCCGUCCUCCAGGUUGGAGGCGAGUUCGACUCCGGAUCUCGAUUUUCUUUUGCCCAAGAUGUUUUGGAGCAGGGUGGCAUUUCGACUAUUCCACGAUAUCUUCGAUACCAUAGGGCGGCAUCUUCUACGCCAUCGCGCAAAUUUCUAUUUUAUUCUGCUUUUUUUUCCUUAUCGACUCAUCUGUUUCGAAAUACCCGACACUAUAGACUGGCGGGGCUGCCAUCGGCGCCCUAUACCAAAGAUAACAUUUCUUUUGUUUCUGGGACUCACACGGGCGAGGAGCGGCAGUCUCCCAACCGGAAGAAAAUGGACACGGUCCAAUAGGGACUGGGGACAAGAUAAGGGAGGGUCAAACAUGGUCACACAUUUCUGUACAAGGAAGGACAAGGGCAUAAUAUCUUCUUAGAUUCUCUGCGGGCUGGACACGUCAGACGACUUUGAGGAAAGCCAAAUCUGGCCAAAGGAUGCCCAACGGAUAGUUUGUCAUAUAUGGACCGCGGAAAACACAAAUGGUAUACAUAUGGGCAACCCUGUCAACGCUACUCAAAGGCUGAGUCUCGCGAUUGUUUACUCGAUCGCGCGGAAACUAUCAUUUUUAUAUUUGGAAUUUUUGAGGAUGAGGCGGAACAAAAAAAGACAUAUAGUCAACAGAGGUGGUGGAAUGGAAACUGUACGUAGGCGGACGAAUUUUUCUUGGAAGUCCUGCCAUAACCAUACUACAUAAUAUCAAGAUGACAUCCAAGCGAUGUACAUCGAUUACGAA